GUAGUCACGUGAUCAAGCACUGUGCGUCAGUUUCAAGAUGGCAGCCCCGGCACAACAGCAGAAAUCUGGUGGGAAAACCGCUGGUGAACUUGUGCGAGGCCAGAUAUUUGAAGUGGGUCCACGAUAUACCAGCCUGAACUACAUAGGGGAAGGAGCUUAUGGCAUGGUGGUAUCUGCUAUUGAUACUGAAACAAAGUCAAAAGUAGCCAUCAAGAAAAUAUCACCGUUUGAGCAUCAGACAUACUGCCAAAGAACGUUAAGAGAGAUCAAGAUCCUUACCAGAUUCAAGCAUGAAAAUAUCAUCAAUAUCAGCGAUAUUCUGCGAGCACCAUCCAUAGAAGAAAUGAAAGAUGUCUACAUUGUACAGUGCCUGAUGGAGACAGACAUGUACAAACUGCUGAAGACCCAGCAGCUCAGCAACGAUCAUGUCUGCUACUUUCUCUACCAGAUCCUUAGAGGCCUCAAAUACAUUCACUCUGCCAACGUGCUGCACCGGGACCUCAAGCCCAGCAAUCUCCUACUUAACACAACAUGUGAUCUCAAGAUCUGUGAUUUUGGUUUGGCGCGAGUGGCCGACCCCGACCAUGACCACACAGGUUUCCUGACGGAAUAUGUUGCGACAAGGUGGUACCGCGCUCCCGAGAUCAUGCUCAACUCCAAGGGGUACACAAAGUCCAUUGAUGUGUGGUCAGUUGGCUGUAUCCUGGCUGAGAUGCUCUCCAACAGGCCCUUGUUUCCAGGGAAACACUAUCUUGAUCAGUUAAAUCACAUCCUGGGCGUGCUGGGCUCGCCGCGUAGUCAAGAAGAUCUCAACUGUAUCAUCAAUGAAAAGGCACGUGGGUACAUUCAGUCGUUGCCGUUCAAGCCCAAGGUGCCAUGGAACAGGUUAUUCACUAAGGCAGAUGAUAAAGCUCUGGAUCUGCUAGACAAAAUGUUGACAUUCAACCCACAGAAGAGGAUAACAGUAGAGCAGUCACUGUCUCACCCAUACUUAGAGCAGUACUAUGACCCCGCUGAUGAGCCUGUGGCAGAGGAACCCUUCACGUUUGAGAUGGAGCUGGACGAUCUGCCCAAAGAGCGCCUCAAGGAGCUCAUCUUUCAAGAGACUAUCCUCAUCAAGGAGAGAGCAGACAAGCUGCUCUAGAAGGCCAGAUUCGGAUUUAUUAGAAACCAUAUUCCUAACACAAUGAAGAAUCCAAGGACAGAACAUUGAAGAACAUCAGAGUGAGCUUCAAUUUAAUGCCGCUGGCCAUGCACUUUCCAUGCCCAUCUGGUACAACGUAUGAUGGACCCAGGGGAGAUGACUCUGAUUACUACUUCCUGUAUAGAUGGCCUCGUCUGCUGCGGCAGUCUCUCACUGUUUGAUAUUGUCUUACUGUCCUUAGCGGGAGACGUAGCUGUGAAGACAGAUGACGUAAGACGACCGUAUUCACUGUGUCCAAACAGUUCUCUUCUAGAUGACCAGGUCAAGAAUAAUGAGUAGCGCUCCCUCACUAUGAUGAAGCUUGGUUGCUCUGUACAAUCAACUGGAUUCUUGUUCUGGGAAAUUGUCAGUAAAAAGUCAUGAAAAAAAUAUUGAUCUGUUUUUUACAGAUCGGUUUUCUUAAAUGGAUUUUCUAGAAUUCAGUCCUAAGAAUUCCAUGCUGGAGAUAUUGAAUCACAAAAACACCUUACUAUAUCAUUAUGAGUUAUUUUAGACGAUUUACAAGAAAAAACUUUAAGUGUUGGUGCUGUGUAUGCAUUCCAUACAAAGGAAUGUUCAUUGGCCUUUAGUUCAAGAAUUCUGAUUGUUGAAUACCCAAGUGUGCAUUAUAAGGAGGAACCAGUAGUUGUUAUAGCGAGGGAGGGCUGUGAUCUUGUUUGGUCCAUUGUUAUUUGCAGUCUACGAUUGGUCCAAUUGUGUAUACAUAUGUUGAUGUUGUCACGUGGAUUUUUCAGUCCUCGUUAUCAUCUUGCAAAGAACAAACUUUUGUACCAACAUUAUUAAAUAGGACUGUGUUGUUGUUACUACUUCUUAGCUAUACUGCUGUGGAGAAUACUGAAAGCAAGAUAUUUUUGGAAAAAGAUUUCACCUUUUGUGAAAUGUUCUUCCUUUCCAAAGAAAUUCAAUUUGGGCCAGGACAUUUUACAAUGGUAUAUAGGUGAGAGAUCCUUUAGAUAGGAGCGCAUGGUGCUUACUUUGAAGAAUUUCGGGACCAGGUCACGGAUGACAUUAUCCCCUCUCCAGAUUAAAAUAUUGAUAGUUUCCACGGUUUUGUGUAUUUCCACGAAAUCUAUUUUGUGUGAUGCACAUUUUUGACGAAUCCACCGUGGGAGAAUUUACAGUAGCGACACAUGGUUUGAAGAAUUGAGGACUCAGUAUCUGCCGGUGAUAAUUAACACCAGUAUGAAUAAGAUUGUUUCUCGUCGUGAUCAUUUUCUCAUCACCAGUAUCAUCCUGACCUGAAUCUGAAGACUUUUGUUAUUUCGUGCUAAGAUCCACGUUGACAGAAUGUUCGAAAUCCCAUUGGUUUUUUUUGUGUCCAUCAAUGUAACGGAUGAUUUUCAAAAAGUCUUUUUCUACAAGGCAAUUUAUAUUGGUUAAAUGAAUUUGAGAAACAUUUAAACGAUUAGAAAGUAUUUGGUAUUUGAAUUAAGAAGUGACAAAAUUGCAUUGUUAGUGAUUCUACUUUCCUUGAAACAUAUUGUCAUCACCACUGUCUUAUAAAACGUGGUUGUGCAAGAGAACUGCUUUCAUUGAAGUCUUUGAUUAAAAAAAAAUCUGUGACAGAUUAUUUGAUGGAAUCUAGAGAAUAACAGAUUAUUGAUUCAUCUUCAAAGCGACUGGUCAGCAGCUCAAUCAAGUAAGAGUGACAUGUUAUAAGUACUAUUUUAUCAUUUACUCAUAGUGGUUCUCUUCAGAUAGCAUAUACAAAACUGAAGCUGUUAUUGUUUUCUUGAAAUAUAAAUCACAAAUUCUACUUCAGUAUUGUGCUUGUGAUAAACUACUCCCCACAAGACUGAUUCCAAUACUGUGUUUGUUAUCCUUGUUUUAUUUACUGAGCGAAAAAAGUUAGGGAUCAUGUAUAUUUUUGUGAAUAUUAAAUUACAUUUCGACAGUCAUCAGUACAAGAAAAUAUCCCCAAACUACUCAUGAUCCCUAACUUUUUGUGUUGAGUAUAAGUGCUAUUUCAGCUUCCUCCAUUACGAUGUCUUACAAUUUUGAUAAAUGUGUAUUUAAAUUUGGAGAAAUAUAUAAAUAUAUUAUAUUAUAUAUAUGUGAUACUACAAAAGUACUGAAUUUUGCUGUAUUUGUACAAGCAAAAUAACUAUCUUUUUUUCGCAUUACACAUAGUUAGUUUUUGUCCCUGCUGUGACUACCAACCAUAUCAGACAUGUAUCUUCAGUAGAAUGGUCUAUGAGUCUUUAUAAGGUUGCCUUUCUGUAUGAUGUUUCUGAAUUUGUGUGUAACGUACUGCCAAAAUGACUUGUUCUUCAAGACAUACCAUGUAUAUUAUUUUGUCGGUGGAAGCAUGAGUUGUUUACAAUCAGCAUCUUGUCUCAAGUUGGUGUUCAAAUGAGAAAAAGUAGUGUAAACACUGGGAUAGAUACCCCUGCAGUCCAAGAAACUCCCUCUCCCUCCCGGAAACCUUUUCUAGAAGAGAACAAAGAGAAUGUGCUACAAAGAUUUGUCAAGAGUAAUGAAGAAGCCAGGAAAGAAACAAAAUUAUAGGAAAGUUGUUGUACUAAUAGUAUCUGCAAUUGAUGACAAAUUGACACAUUUUCAGCUUCAUUUCAAAUUGCAGCCCAGUCAUAUCCUGUAAUCCUCCCAAACCAAAUAUCUGCACCAUUAGAAUGAGUCUCAAAGAUUUAUGAAAAUUAAUAAAGUCAGAUAAAGAACAAUCCGUUAGGAAUGUUGUCAUUUUUAUAGUAUCUGAAACUAGCAAGAAGUCGACACUCUUUCAGUUAUUUUUUGUAGUAUUUUCCACUUGUGUUGUAGAAAACUGAAUCAACCCAUACUGAUGUAAAAGAUGUUCCUUAUUUGUAGAGGCUGUUGUAGCUUACAUGCUUUGUAGUUUUGGAGGGUGACUUGAGUUUAAUGAAGGAAGAAUAUUUCGUUUGGCUACUUUGUGUUGAAUUUAGCUAGGUUCGAAUCUGGAUACGUCUGACAUGAACUAAUAUUUUCUUUUUGACAUUAACUGCGGUAUUUAUUCAAGUGUUUACCAAACUUAUCAUUCUCAUGUUCUGUGUGUCAAUGGUAAUUUAUACGUUAGUUGACAUUAUAUAUUUGAUUUCCUGUUUGACGUUUCAUUGUGAUGUGUAGCAUCACAGAUGGGUGUAGAUGCGGGGUCAUCCAGUCUAGUAGACUAGUCCUGUCUAGUAGACUGGUCCUGUCUAGGAGUCAACAUGCUAAUUUCCCUAGGAAUGACAUAUCUCUCUCUAUAACACUUCCUGUGAAAUCCGGGAACAACGGGACCCAUUGUUGCCGAGGCUGUGAAAACAUGGCUGCUUCUUCCUGGCUGGAAUCUUUUGCACUAUUUAGGUUUUGGCUGGAUUUCAAACAUUUUCAUUUGUUGCUACCUGUCAGACGACUGGGGUGGUCUGGAGAUAAACAUACUGAUGCCAGUGGUGGGUUCUAGCACCAUGGCUGACAUUUCACCAACAACCUGAACAGGGUAGGAAACUCCCAAAAAAUUUCAGCCAGACCAGCCCUGACCAAAACUUACCUGCCCGCAAAUAAUUUAGGUUUGACAAGCGACGUAGUUUAUCAUCAGAUUGGAAUUCAUCAUUUUUUUUACAAGUGAAUUAAUGAUUUAUUAUCCAGAAAUAUGAUGAAUAUCUUCAUAUACGUGUCCAAAUUUUAACCCGACUGUCGGACAGGUGAAUUUGAGAAUUUGGCAGUGUGUGUUGAAAUUAACGCGUCCCGGGCUGUCGGGCAGGCAGGUAUUUCGAACGUUGAACCUGAACCUUGGUUCUCCUCAAACAUUUAGCUGACAUAUGACAUAACUGUUCAAAAUAACUGAAACACCACACACAAGUUGAGUCCAAUUUUGAUCUUUUUCAUCAGCAUCAGAACAGAAUGAGAGUCUGCAGAAAGGGAUAUGUGAAUGGGAUGAGAGGUUUCGUCAGUCCUCCAUCUGUAUCAGGGAUAAUGGUAUUGGUAUUUCUUGUCCCAAUGCGGAUGUAUAAAUUCUUUUACCUCAGUAAAACUGACCCAUUUGUCGCUAACCAUGUGGAAAUUCUACCAUAUUGCUAACCAUGUGAACAAUUCUACCACAUAUUGCUAACCGUUUGAAUAUUCUACCUUUUGUUGCUAACUUUAUAACAUUGGGCAGAGUUUUAGCAGAAAACCUUUGAACAAAUUACCACUUUAGAGACAAUCAUACAGUAAUGUAGAAUAUUGAUUUCUGGAGAGUGACAUAUAUGGCUUGAGACUGUGUUACCAUAGUUACUAGUUUGUAUCAUAGGUGCAGCAUGUAACUGUUUGCAACAUCCUAAACACCACAUUCUGCAUUAGUUCAAGUUGUGUUUUUUUAUUUUUACAUUGCAGUAAAACAUCCAAUAUAUGCUUUAUCAUAGAGGAGCUACACAAGGCUAUUACACUGUAAUUUGUCUGUGGCACAGCACUGUUCAUAGUACACGUAAUCCUUAACAAAUGAGAGGCUCUUGUGUAAAUGUUGCCCACAUUUAAAUUGCUUAUAUUUUGUUAUAUAGAAAUAUACAUUCAUGAGGACUUAAUACAUGUUGAUGUUGCUUACAACUAAACAAUGAAUGGGGUUUGUCUUGGAUACUUUGCCUUGUUGCAGACAUCACCACUGUUGCUAUAAUAUGGCUGAUCUAAAUUUAAAGUCUGACCUUGAAUGAUGAAUUGUUUUGCAUGAGAUAAGGUGGUCAUGUUACUGAUCAGUCAUGCAGAGGUCAAGGUGACCAUUUGAUAUCCUGAAUUUCAAGGUAACCUAUCGAGGUCAAAGUAACCUAUGAUCUAGAUGUCAAGGUAACCUAUCGAGGUCAAAGUAACCUAUCAUCUAGAUGUCAAGGUAACCUAUCGAGGUCAUAGUAACCUAUCAUCUAGAUGUCACGGUAACCUAUCAUCUAGAGGUCACGGUAACCUAUCAUCUAGAGGUCAUGGUAACCUAUCAUCUAGAGGUCAAGGUGAUCAUCCAGAGGUCAAGGUGAUCAUGCGAUCAUCCAGAAGUCAAGGUGAUUAUUCGAUCGUCCAAGAUGACUGUACGCAAGUAUAGUAGGCAAGUGUGAUGGGCAGGACUGUCAAUUAAUCCAAUGAAUACUUGGAAAAUAUUUAAUAUGUUAUUUAUAGUGAAGUACUCGUGUAUAUUUUUUUCUUCUUCCCCAGUUGAUGUGAUAUGAUGUCAUACUCUGAAUACGCCCAUAUCUGUACCAUUCCAGUCACUGUUCAUCUAUUACUGGGGUGAAAUGAUCCAUCAAAGUCUGCAGCAAGAUGCACAGGUUGAAACUGUUUAGUGCAUCAUUAUCUUUGGUACAAGUUCUCGUAGAUUUAAAACGGCAAGGGUCAUGUGAUGGUUUAAUGUGUGCUAAUUGCUGGGAGGUUUAUAUAUCCUCCAAGCCAGUGUUCAGUAAAUUGUGAGUUUGAAUCCCAAAUUUUGCAUGUUUGGAACCUUGAUUUGCCUGCUCCAAACCCAUGGAUUUAUGUCAAAGGAUUUCACAUGGGUUUCUCUCACAAGACCCAUAACACUCAAAGCUUUCCGCCCACAUUAAGCCGACAUUAUCAAUCAUAAUGAAUAAACUUGUAACUGGAUGGAAAUGUACCAAAAUUGUUAUUUUGUCAUUAGAGCAUUUUGUGAAUAGGUUAAAAAAUUUGACUUGUUAUGCCUUGAGCAGGGGGUUUCAGUACAACUUUAAAAAAGGUUUUAGUUUUACACACAAAAAACCCCAAAGUUGUUGAUUUCCCUGACUGUCUCUGUGCAUGCAGAUCCCUGUAAUCAACCCCUUGCUCUGGGUGGUCCUGCCUUCAGUGUUUCAUAAUAUACGUUUCCUCACGAUUUUGUCAAGAUAAUGCUGUUUGAUGUAUUGCUGGUUUGUGUACGUGUUUUAUGAAUUGUUAUGUGUUGCUUUGGUGAAUCGUUUCAUCCCCUUCUCUUGUUUAUAUCAUCAUUUCACUGAGUACAGCUCCAAAUGCAUUUCUAUAUGUACGAAAAUAAAUCUUGAUGCAAUCCUCCAUUCUGUUACUUUGUGAUACGAGUCGUACGUUUGCACAAUGUUGUAAAGAUGAUGUGAAGAAUCACGAUGGCCAUGUAAAUGACAUAAAGUUAUGAGUUGUUUCAAUUUGUCAUACAAUACAACUCACUACAUUGUAUUGAAAUCUGUCUUUGCUAGGCAUUUUGAAGUUGAUUGAACAUAAACACAUAACGCUUUUUACUGAUAAAACAAAAGUUUUCCAGAAAAGUGUCAUAUGUUCGUAUUGAAGACAGGUUCACAUUUUUUAAGUGUUUGCCAAAGUCCAUGAGACUUUAGAUAAAUUAUA